CUUUACCACUACUCGCUAUGAGCCCUGGUCAAGUUCUCUCCACCUCUCUAUCUAUGUCUCAGUUUCUUCAUCUGUAACAUCAAAUGAAUAAUAAUACCAAUCUCCUAGACUUCAUAAGAGGAUUAACAAAGACAAUAUAUGGGAAAAACGUAACAUGGUGUCCUAUCAUUAUUAGAUCUUAUUUUUGACACUAAAAUGGCAUUAAAAUUACCAAAAGGAAGACAGCGUCUUUUUCCUCUUUGGUCCUGAGCUGGUUAAAGGGAACACUGGUUGCCUGAACAGUCACACUUGCAACCAUGAUGCCUAAACAUUGCUUUCUAGGUUUCCUCAUCAGUGUCUUCCUUACUGGUGUAGCAGGAACUCAGCCAGCGCAUGAGUCUCUGAAGCCUCAGAGGGUACAAUUUCAGUCCCGAAAUUUUCACAACAUUUUGCAAUGGAAGCCUGGGAGGGCACUUACUGGCAACAGCAGUGUCUAUUUUGUGCAGUACAAAAUAUAUGGACAGAGACAAUGGAAAAAUAAAGAAGACUGUUGGGGUACUCAAGAACUUUUUUGUGACCUUACCAGUGAAACCUCAGACAUACAGGAACCUUAUUACGGGAGGGUGAGGGCAGCCUCGGCUGGGAGCUACUCAGAAUGGAGCAUGACACCGCGGUUCACUCCCUGGUGGGAAAGAGCAAAAGGUUUAUGAAGGGGUGCACAGAAUGGUUGAAAUUGAAGCUCUAAUACCACACUCCAGCUACUGUGUAGUGGCUGAAAUAUAUCAGCCCAUGUUAGACAGAAGAAGUCAGAGAAGUGAAGAGAGAUGUGUGGAAAUUCCGUGACUUGUGGAAUUUGGCACUCAGCAAUGUGGAAAUUCUAAAGCUCCCUGAGAAUGGGAUGACUCCUGUUUGUAGGAUCUUAUUUAAAAUUGUUUUUGUAUUUUCUUAAAGCAAUAUUCACUGUUACACCUUGGGGACUUCCUUGUUUAUCCAUUCUUUCAUCCUUUAUGUUUCAUUUGUAAACUAUAUUUGAACAACAUUCCCCCUGAAAAAUGGAAAUGUAAAGACGAGGCAGAGAAUAAAGUGUUCUAAGAAAUUCAGAACUUUAUUUCUGAAUGUAACAUCCCUAAUAACAACCUUCAUUCUUCUAAGACAGCAAAAUAAAAAUUUAACAACCAAGGAAUAGUAUUUAAGAAAAUGUUGAAAUAAUUUUUUUAAAAUAGCAUUACAGACUGAGGCAGUCCUGAAGCAAUCGCUUUUCACUCUCUUAUUGAGCCAAUUAAAUUGACAUUGCUUUGACAAUUUAAAAUUUCUAUAUGGAUGAAUAUUUUUCAUACAUUUCUAUUUUAUAUGAAUAUACUUUUUAUAUAUUUAUUAUUAUUAAAUAUUUCUACUUAAUGAAUCAAAAUUUUGUUUUAAGUUCUACUUUAUGUAAAUAAGAACAGGUUUGGGGGAAAAAAUCUUAUGAUUUCUGGAUUGAUAUCUGAAUUAAAACUAUCAACAACAAGGAAGUCUACUCUAUACAAUUGUCCCUCAUUUAAAAGAUGUAUUAAGGUUUUCUUUUCUAUGUUUCUUUUUGUUUUGUUUCGUUUUUAAUCCUGUCUUAGAAGAAUUUAUUUUUAUUUUCAAAAUUGAAUGUAAUUUUUUUAGUGACAAAGAAGAAAAGAAACCUCAUUACUCAACCCUUCUGGCCAAGAGUGUCUUGCUUGUGGCGCCUUCCUCAUCUCUCUAUAGGAGGAUCCCGUGAAUGAUGGUUUAUUGGGAACUGCUGGGGUCCGUGCAGAGAACUCAGCUUGAAGCUGGAAGCACACAGUGGGUAGCAGGAGAAGGACUGGUGUUGGUGGGUGCCUACAGAGACUAUAGAGCUAGACAAAGCCCUCCAAACUGACCCCUCCUGCCCACUGCCUCUGCUGAGUAGAAAUCUGGUGACCUAAGGUUCAGUGUGGUCAACAGAAAGCUGCCUUAUUCACUUGAGGCUAAGUCUUUAUAUAUGUUUAAGGUUGUCUUUCUAGUCAGGAGAUACAUAUCAGAGAACAUUUGUACAAUUCCCCAUGAAAAUUGCUCCAAAGUAUGAUAACAAUAUAGUCGGUGCUUCUAGUUAUAUGCAAGUACUCAGUGAUAAAUGGAUUAAAAAAUAUUCAGAAAUGUAUUGGGGGGUGGAGGAGAAUAAGAGGCAGAGCAAGAGCUAGAGAAUUGGUUUCCUUGCUUCCCUGUAUGCUCAGAAAACAUUGAUUUGAGCAUAGAUGCAGAGACUGAAAAAAAAAUUUACUUUGAUCUCUGUUUUUGAAUUCUUAUUAUUUAUAUUUUGCUUACUACCUUUUUUGCCUUUUGUCCUUUUGUGGGGAGGGCGAUGAAUUAAGAGUAGUGGGGUGGGUGGGGAGUAAGUAAAAUUUCAAAUAGCAUUUUAGUGAAUGCAAUUCAGUAGUCCUGAAGCCUGACUUAAUAAAACAAAAUUCAUUUAUGCUUGUUUCAUGAAAGUUAUUAAAUAGCAUCAAGUUUUGUUUGUAUAUUGUUUGCCUUGCUCUGGUUUUGCUUUUGUGCUUAGGCAAGUGCAAAAUACUCUGUGAAAAUCAUAAUUGUCAUCUUCUUCAUGGUGUUAGGGAUAUAUUGUCACAUGAUUUCAAUAAAUCCUUUAAUUUUUUGCUUU